CAUUCCCCCCUUUAACGUUUCCUCUUGGGGCUACUUUUGCACAAGUUUCACCUUCCUUUAUUUCCUUGCACAACCUCACCAAUUCUCCAUCCACAAUCUCCUUUCUCUCAUCGUUAAUCGAAACCCGAUUCAUGUUUUCACGACGAAAACCAUUUGGAUUUUGAUUCUUUUGAAACCGAAAAGAGAAAAUCUUACAAGGAGAUGGUGAUCACAAGAGGAAAAGGGGUGGUGUUUCUAGCAUUAGUUUGAUUCCACAAGUGUUUCAAAAAGCUCCCCCUAAAUGGACAUUAAUGUGAUGACAUUUAACACAACAUAUACUUUCAACCAUCUCUUCAGUUUCUCAUCAUCAAGAUACCUUAAUGCAAGCUUCGGAUGCCGAUCUCGAAUCCACACGCGAUCGGCAUUCGAUUAUUAUGUGAUUCCUUCGGAGGCGUUCUCUGAGAUCCAUGUUGGAUUCUUGUGACCGUUAUUAUUAGGUCCUGUUAUAAGAUAUCUUUUGAAAUUACUUCGUCGUCUUUUUCUUCUUCUCUGCCCGCUUUUAUCUUUCUGUUUGGUUGUUUGAACUCCUCCCGGUUAACCGCGGGUGAAAAUGGGUUCAUGUGGUUAUAAGAAUGACUUGAAUUGUGUUGGAGAUGGAGGUGUUGCUGCCUUGGAGGUUGAUUAUGUUGAAAUGGACCCUAGUGGCCGGUUUAUAAGGUACCCUGAAGUUUUGGGCAAAGGAGCAUUCAAGAAAGUUUACAAGGCAUUCGACCAAUUUGAUGGAAUCGAAGUCGCUUGGAGCAGGCUCAGGAUCGACAAUGUCCUACGAUCUCCAGACGAUUACAAAAAGUUGUAUUCAGAAGUUCAUCUUCUUAAAUCACUAAACCACAAAAACAUCAUCAAAUUGUUUCAUUACUGGAUUGAUGUCAAGAAGAAGACAUUAAACAUGAUUACAGAACUCUUCACAUCAGGAAACCUGACACAAUACCGUAAGAAGCAUAAAAGUGUGGAUACGAAAGCCAUCAAGAGUUGGGCAAGACAGAUUCUUAAUGGACUUGACUACCUUCACUGUCAAAACCCUCCUGUGAUUCACCGCGACCUAAAAUGUGACAACUUAUUCGUUAAUGGAAACCACGGUGAAAUCAAAAUCGGUGAUCUCGGAUUAGCAACUGUUUUGCAGCAUCCGGCUGCUAAGAGUUUCAUUGGAACCCCGGAAUUCAUGGCACCGGAGCUUUAUGAGGAGCAGUAUAACGAGCUAGCUGACAUAUAUUCUUUCGGUAUGUGCAUGUUGGAAAUGGUAACUUUUGAGUACCCGUAUAGCGAGUGCAAGAAUGCAGCUCAGAUAUACAAGAAAGUUACCUCUGGUAUUAAACCAGCUUCACUUGACAAAGUGAGUGAUCCUGAAAUCAAAGAGUUCAUAGAGAAAUGUUUGGUUCCAGCCAACCAAAGAUUGUCUGCUAGGGAGCUUCUAGAAGAUCCAUUUCUAAAGCCCAAGUAUCCGAAACAACCGACCCAGGAUCCAUUAGCAAUGCCAACUCCUGCAGUUGUAGAACUUUGUAGGAUGCAUCAACAAAACGAGUUUAGACUGAAAGGCACCAAAAACAACAAUAACUCGGUUUCUUUGACAAUGAGAAUUGCUAACCCGAGUGGUUGCGUGAAGAACAUACAUUUCUUGUUUUAUCUAGAAAGCGAUACUUCAUUAUCAGUAGCGCGUGAGAUGGUGGAACAACUUGAGUUAGCCAAGAAUGACGUGCCUUUUAUCGCUGAGUUGAUCAAGAACUCGAUCACAACGAUUUUACCUAGUCGUCACCCGUCAAAUAAAAACAUACCCGAGCUGCAACGUGUGACAAGCAUGGUUGAACAACGUUUUGGGGAUUUGAGUAGGUUUUCAAAAGUGAAAGAGUUAACAAGACAGGGUUCAUUUCUUUCUUUAUGUGAAAGUGAUGAUAACGAAAAAGUAAUGGUAGAAUUAGAGACAGUGGAGAGAGGGUAUAAACACUGGUGCAAAGAGGUGAAAAUGGUGAGGAAAAAGAAGAAGGGAAUACUUGAAGCGACUCUAAAAAGAUGUAUAACGACUUAAUAUGUAAGAAAAGAAGAAUGUUUGAAUAAAAUUUUGUUCAUUUCUCAAAUAAAA